AGCCCAGAGCAGUCUUUUGUAAUCACAACAUGAUCUGGUGUGCUGAGCGGCGAGGCCGGCAGGGAGAGGCCGGCAGAGGCCCGGCUCCGGUGGCUCCUGCUUCCCUCUUGCUCUGGCUCCCCUGGGGCUGCUCUGGAAUUUUCUCCGUGCCCGCUGUUGCCAUGCAUUCGGCUGAGCCUCACCGAGCCGAGUCCUCGAUGAGCAGGCAGGAGGAGAAGGAUGCAGAACUGGACCGGAGGAUAGUGGCCCUGCGCAGGAAGAACGAAGCCUUACUGCGCAGGUACCAGGAGAUCCAGGAAGACCGUCGGCAGGCGGAGCAGGGGGACAUGGCUGUGACCACACCAGAGCUUCUCCGACCUGAUGGUCUCACUGUCACCAUCAGCCAGAUCCCGGGUGAGAAGCGGGUGGUCAGCAGGCACUGGGCAAGGAGCACCUUCGGACCCGGAGCUGCCAGAGAGAUGCUUGAGGAUGAGGUCACGGAGGACUGUGUGGGUACUUUCUGCCUGGGCGAGCGGGUGGAGCUGGCGGUGACCCUGGAAAAUAAAGCCAAGGCCAAACGGACCGUAAGUGAAAAGCCCACUAAAGCAAGGAACCCGGGGGCAGAGGGGCCACCUGGAGGGGGUUUGGGCCGGAGCGCCCCCAGACGAACAGCCGUCAGCUCGGAUUCUGCACGGAAGAGUGUGCGGGAGCCCCGAAGUCCUGGUGUGGUCCCAGGCCCAGCUCCCCGAUGGCCAGCGGGAGAGUCCCCCGAGGUGGGCUGGGACUAUGUCCAGUGGAAGCAGGAGCGGGAGCAGAUCGACCUGGCCCGCCUCACCCGGCACAGAGAUGCACAGGGUGACUGGCGCCGCCCAUGGGACCUGGACAAGGCCAAGCCCACGCUACAGGACUACAGCAAGCCGAGGGAAGAGGGCCCAGCCAGGGCAGGUGGCAGAAAGGGUCCCAGGAGCCACCGGAAGCUGCAGCCCCCACCACUGCCCCCUGAUGGGAAAGGUCUGGGUGGGCAUCCUGGCAGACCCUUGGUGGCACCGGCCACAGGCAGCAAAGCCCGUGGCAAGGAGAGACUGACUGGCAGGGCCCGAAGGUGGGAUGUCAAGGAAGACAAGGAGGAGCCCGAGCAACAGGAGGGAAGCCAGCCCAGAAGGAGUCCUGGUGUGGAGGAACAUGUGCGGAAGCAGAGUGGGACAGAGCCCGGCAGAUCUGGAAAUACCCCGGCAACCAGCCCAGCUCCAACAUCCCCAGAGGGGCCAGAGGGGCCAGAGGGGGAGUCAGAAACUUUGAAAGCCAUUUUGGCCCCUAGCCCUCCACAGAAGACUGACCUAGCUCCCCUUGACCUCUCACUAGGAGGGGCUAGGAGUGCUGGGCCUGAGGAGAGUACCUGUGUGCUCAGUCCAAGGCCGGAAGUUCAGGAGAGCCCUGAGUCCUGGCCCGAUGGUUCUGAGCAACCUCUAGGAUGGAACGACCACCAGGCUGAGCUGAGAGUCCAGACUUGCUCUGAGCCACAGAGAGAAGCAGAGGCCUUAGAGCCCAGAGAGGACAGGCCUGGCAAGGCCGGGGCCCAGCAGGGGCUGGCACCAAGAAGCAGGCCCCCUAGAGGAACCAGCCAAAGGGCGAGAGGCACAGGAGGUGUGAGGAGCAGGACAGGGGGUCCUGGCCCUGCAGGAAGAUGCUGAGCAAAGUCCCUGGGAGCUGGGCAGCGGGAUGGGGAAGGAGGAAAAGACUCGGAGUCUUCUGUGUGAUGGGUGUCUGGUAGCCGACGCCUCGUGCCAGUCUGGCUGGGCAGAGUAGAAACUCUUGGCAGGGUGACCACGUGAGGGCAAGCUGCCUUCCUCCCUGGGGUCAUGUGGGUUUUCACGUGCAGCACAGUUUCUGUGCAGGGACCUUGUGUGCCCUGCCCUGGGCCUACUGUCGCCCAGGCCACAGCAUUCUCCACUGUGGCAAGCGAGCAAGGUUUGGUAGCGCCCAGCAGCUGGCUCUUCCUGUUCCCUAUUGGUCUGCAGGGCCGGAUCUCCCACUUGGGUCUAGGCAGCUUCAAAGCUAGCGUGACCAGCCAGGCCUGGGCCCUCCCCCUUGCCUACCU